UGAAAGGCGGCGACGCCACCCUGCGCGAGGCACGAGGAAGGCGGUGCUCUGUUCGGGGACGGGUUCCAGAGCCGGGAGGGGAGGAAGCGUCGCCCCAGGAGCCCCGGUCCCGCCCAGGUACGACCAAAGAAAGGGGCGUGGAGGCCCAGGCGGCUGACAGCCCGCGGAAAUGCGGAGGCUCCCGUGGCCGUCGUGUGCGGAGCAGCUUUCCCUCCCUGCUUUUUGCCGGAAGAUUAGAAAAUUGUUAGCCGGCUGGAGAAAUGGAGACGCCGAAUUUUAAGAACCCGUCUUGCCUGUCCUGAAAAUGGAAAGAGAACAUCCCCUAGGAGGAUACAGAGAUUGAAAAACUGAAGACGUUUGCAUAACUUCAAAGACAAAAUCCACAAAGAGUUCUCAUCUAGGAAGGAGGCACAGGUCAAGGAAAAAACUUUAAUAUUCUAUCAGACCUGUUUCCAGUCUGCAAAAGUUGCCAUGGAGCAGAUCAGUAAUUUUUUUCAUUCCAUCUGGUCUUUUAUCUGCUUAAAACAUCAGGAGGGCAUCUAUAACACAAUCUGUCUUGCUGUAUUAAUGGGGUUACCUGUUCUUGUCAUCGUUGUUGGAAUUUUCAUCUGUUGCCAUUGUUGUUUUUGUGGCCAGCAGCAAAGGGACAAAAAUAGCCACAGCAGCAGUAGUCCAAUCCAAGGGAAAAGAAGACAUAAUAUUAUGAAGAAGAAGAAGAAAAAGAAAGAAGAAGAUCUGUGGAUUUCAGCCCAGCCCAAAGUGCUCCUGCUGGCAAAAAGGCCAUCAUUGUUGGUUUAGAGGAAUGCAGGCAGACAAGAGUUACUUUCCUUUCGUAUACAGGACUAUUCCUAUUCCUAUCUCAUAAUGUGUUCAGCUCCACGUAAAGCUGAGAACAUGCCAUUCUGUCUUACUUCCACAUGAAGGAAGCUAAUUUUUAAACUUAGGAAUGUGGCUGCAUUUUCAAGUUGGACACUUGUUUUACAAGCAAGCUGCAACAUUACACCAAUGCAGAAUGAAUGAGUGGUGUGCAUCCACUGAAUGCAUAUGGUGUACACCAACGGUAUAUGCUUACAUGAACUCAGUAGCAAAUUGUAUUCUACAAAUAGGCAUUUGUGCCCUUAGGAUGCAGAAUUCAAACUAGAACUUUUGCUUUGCCUAGCAUAGCUUGCACUGAAAGCUUAUGUGCACUAGCAAGUAAGAAAGUAAGCAACACUGCUGUAUACAUGUAGGUAUAUAUCAUAUAUUAUCAUGCACAUUUACUUAUACAAUCUGAUUGCACUGAUAUGUAAGCCAAGGUAUUGAAUUGGGUUAUUUUUAAAAGAAAUAUCAUCAUGAAGGAGAAGACUACGACUAGUGAUUAUUUGCUAGUUUGGAAGAAAAUUGCUGAGUUAGUUGGGCCUUUGGUCUGAACAUUUGGGCACAAAAGAAAUUGUCUUCUUAACAAAUGUCUCACAUUCUUCUCCAUGUCUGAACUAGUCAGAAUUUUAUAGAUUUUACACAUUGCUUGCCAUGCCAAUAAUCUCUACUUUCAUUCUUUAAAAGGUUAGGUUUUUAGGACUUCCGGCUAUGCUGACAGCUUUGGAUGUACCAAAUUGGGGGAUGGAUGGGGUAGGCUGAAAUUCAGAAAGAUGAGACAUUAGUAUUGCACAAAUAGUAGAAAAAUAAACACCAAUAUCCUAUCAAUCAACAUGGCGAAAAAUUUGGUGUGGGAGGGAACCCUCCAAACUUGGAACAACAUAUUAUGACAGGAAUAAUACAUUUCUUGGUCAAAGCAAUUGCAAAUAUAUUUUUGCAUUUUCAUUAAAAAAAAAUAUUGCUAUGUGCUUAGAUAAAGCAAUGGGGUGACUUGUUACAAAUAUGCAUUCUGUUCUUUAUUUUUA